AGACGAGGCAGGUUCAACAGAGGACAAAACGCGUCUUUCUCUGAGCAUUCCGACAGAGACAACAAAGCUCUUUUUUCUCUCGAGGUCUUGCUGUUUCGAAAGAUGGGCAAACAAGAUGACCCAGCGGUGGUUCAAAAACCACCCAGCGAAUACACGCGGCGCGCAUGGCUAGUCAUUGUAGGAGCAUCCCUUGGAGCAUUCUGCUCGGUCGGCUUUAUGAACUCGUUUGGUCUCUUUGAAGCACACUAUGCAACAGAUCAGCUAGCCAACGAAUCACAAUCGACCAUCGCAUGGCUGGGUGCCAUCGCCAUAUUUUUCAUUUUUUCAGUAUCGGUUAUAUCUGGUGCGAUACAGGAUGUAUUGGGUCCCAGGCUGCCCAUGAUCAUCGGGGCUGUGGGAAUGGUUUUCGCCUUAAUGAUGACCUCAUUGUGUAAGGAAUUUUACCAGUUCCUCCUAGCCCAAGGUGUUCUACUCGGGAUCUCAAUGGCAUUGCUGGUCUGUCCCAUGCUUGGUCUUGUCGGCCAAUACAUCAAGGUCAAACGCGGUCUGGCAUUGGGGAUUGUGAUUUCCGGCUCCUCCUUGGGGGGUGUAAUCUGGCCCAUUGUCAUCAACCAGCUGCUCAAAAAGCCCAAUGUCGGGUUCGGUUGGACCAUGCGAAUCGUCGGGUUCAUCAUGAUGCCUCUUCUGGCUCUGUGCUGUCUCUGGUGUCGUCCACCACUUGAGACUCCCUCGCCGACAGCACACCAGCCCAACGCCGAUGACAGCGAGUCUCAAGAACAGAAAGCCGACCCCCAGAAAACAGACUAUUCCUUCCUCCGAACACCCACCGUGAUUCUCACCUGCGUGGCUUUCUUCAUCAUCUACUUCGGAAUGUUCUCGCCCUUCUUCUACACAACCUCGUACUCGCUCGAAAAAGGCUUCUCCGAUGAUUUAUCGUUCUACACCACUUGCAUCAUCAACGGCGCCUCUUUCUUCGGCCGCCUCAUCCCCGGAAUCCUCGCAGACCGCUACGGCAGGUUCAACUGCUGCUUCGUUGCUACUUUCUUCUCCGGGAUCAUUGCGCUGUGCUGGACCAAGGCGACAUCCGUUGCCGGACUGGUUGUUUUCUCCGCUGCGUAUGGAUUUAGCUCCGGCGGCAUUCUCUCCCUCCAACAAGCCUGCGCCAUACAGAUCUCCACGCCACGCACGAUCGGCCUCACGAUCGGUGUCGUCAUGGCGUCUACGUCUCUCUCAGCAAUGGCCGGCGUCCCCAUUAGCGGCGAACUCGUCGCGAAAUACGGCUACCUGUCCCUCUCGAUCUACUCGGGUGUCAGUCUGCUUCUGGGCAGUCUUCUUCUCAUCACGGCGCGAAUGGCACAAAGCACGAAGCUGUACGCUGCUGUUUGAGAUCGUAGUCUGGAGUAUAGAUGGAACAAUAGACUGAUGUUCGAUUAUGCACUGACGGGCCCAAGCAAGGAGGUGCGGAAGGUGACUGCGGCUGCGGGAUAUGUCAGCUUACUGUAACGUUCCACCACCUUUGAGACGAACGGUUCAUGCUUCCUCGAGGUACUUUUACUUUGCCGAGACAAAGCAAUAUGUUAUAUGCUCGCAUGUGUAUAUUCAUGUGAGACUGGAUGGGAAGACGAGGUGGGAGUUUGCUUCCCCACAUACUAG